AUGUCCUCGAAAGAUGAUCGCGCCACCGUUUCCUUCAAAGAACAAAAAACAGAGAGCUAUGCCUCCUCAUCUUCAUCUUCUUCACAACAACAACAACAACAACAACAACAACAACAACAACAACAACAACAACAACAACAACAACAACAACAACAACAACAACAACCUCAACCAACUCCACAUCAAUUGCAUCAGAAUGAAGGUUCGAGCGGACUUCACCUGCAGUUCCGCACUAGUCUACCCUAUAACAUGGCAUCGUCACGCGCAGCAGAGGAGAUUUCUGCACCAGAUAGAGCGUCCCAGGCCCAUGCUCAGGUCCAGGUCCAGGUCCACCCCCAUUCUCAUUCCCAAACAUCCAUUCCUUCCCUUUCAGUACUCAAUGAGUCCAUCCAAAGAUCGUCUAACCCAACUGAACCAUCAUCAUCAUCAUCACCACCUGGGAAACGAAUCACAGACCCAGGUCUCUUGAAUCUAUUGGGCCCCAACGUUAGUCUGUUCCCAUACUCGGAAAAAGCAUUUAUCGAAACAAUGAAGCUAAGAACCGAACAAGAACGCACAAAGCAAGAAUACUACAAAGCUGAAAUCGCAGGCCGAAACUUGAGUAUCAUUCAACAUGCCGUGCAAGCCCAAAUACCUACACAUUUGAUUCCACAAUUGUGUGUUGGAAAUUCUUUAUCAAUGAGUCAGGUACCUCUAGAGCUGUCGAAUCCCACACUGCAGCUUUUACCAUUUAUAUCGAAACAGCAAUCACAAUUGACCUUGCAACAUCAAAACUUGCAAUCUAUGCAGACACCACUACUGCAGGAGCAACAACUACAAAUCAUACAAGAGACACAGAGACAGAGACAACAGGAACUUCAAGCACAAGCACAAGCACAGGCACAGGCACAGGCACAGGCACAGGCACAGGCACAGGCACAAGCGGCACAAGGUCUUCAACCAUCGCCGUACAUUGUAGCACAAAGACAAGUUGGCACAACUCAACCUCAACGGGACCCUUUUAAUGCCAAUCCAAACUUUCCAAGUGGGUUUAAAUUUGGUGGUGGUAAUGGUGGGAACCAGGGUACUCAUUUAACAAGUGCAACGAAAAGCAAGAGGCCAAUGUCUCCUGCCAAGAUAGGAGCAGCAGCUGUAGCCAAUUUGGCUACACCAACAGCUCCGUUUCGACGUCCAAAACUCUCGGAAUUUGGGUCAGGGUCUCAAGUUGGAGCUGGAUCUCCGGCGCGGCGUGCAAAGGGUCACCAACGCCAUAGCUCCAUGCCAACAAAUGUUGCCGGAGUUGCAUCAUCGACACCUUUUUCGAAACUGCGCAAAGCACGUCAGGGCUCUCAAGCAUUCUUUAGUGAUUUAAAUACAUUAGACUCGGCUGGAGGUCAUCAAAACCAACAGAAGCAGCUAUUGCAAUCACCUCUAGGUACAACUACCACAAUACAAGUAAACCCAAUACCAGCCCAGCCACUACACAAGCAAAGCAAGCUGUCAGUGCAACCACUGCAAGAAUCUAUGACCUCGUUUCAGCAUAUUAUCCAAUUUCAUCAUUGGAGGCCCGAAGAAGAAAUGGAAGGAACAAGAUCCGGAACUGGAACUGGAACUGGAACCGGAACCGGAACUGGAACCAGAACUGGAACUCGAAGAGGAGGGGGAGGAGGUUUAGAAUCGUCAUCGGCAAGCAUUAUUAAAAGCUCACAGCCACCUUCUACAAAACGCCGUAAACCUCUGUCUUAUGGUGAAUCCGUUGGCGGAAAUAGUGCAUCUAAUAUCCUUCAACCAGCAUUUAAAUUUGAAAAUCCGGCUCCUGCUUCACAAGAACAAGAAGAUGAUGAUGAUGAUGAUGAUGAUGAACGGAAGCGCAAGAAGGAGGGUGAGGAAAAUAAGGAGAAGGACCAUAUCAAGGCUGACCAAGAAUUUAAAGAUUCUCGAAUGGAAGUUGUGGAAGCCAAGACAGAAGAGAACAAUGACGAUGCUGGAGGUGCCGGAGAUGCCGGAGAUGUAGGAGAGGAUGCUGAUGAUGCUGAUCUGUCGAUGGAUGCCACUAUCAACUAUGAAGGUGGUACAGAAAAGGUUGCAUCUGAUGCAAAUCCACCAACCCAGGGUCAUUCACGACAACAACUGAAUGUGGGGCGGUACCCGCAUGAUAUCCUCUCGGGAAACAAGGAUUGA